AUUUUAGGUGUCUGAGGAUUGUUUCAGUGAGAUUGGGGAUUAGGGUUGUUGAAUUGGAAUCUGAAUUGCAAUUGAUUUGAGUAUUUCUUAAAAUUAGGGUUUGGAAAAGUAGAAAAAAAAGGUUAAAGGGGGGAAAUUUUUGGUGGUUGGGUGAGUUCAGGGAUGAACUAUGGGAGGGGUUUUCCACUCCCUCAGUAUGGAAAUAAGGAAUCGUGGAUUGCCGUGAAGGUUAUUCCGCCGGAGAAUAAUGGUGUUGGGCCGAACCCGGGUUCUUGGACUGCCGCCAUGUUUGGCGGACAGUUUCCGCAAGGGGUUGAGAGUUUAGGCGAGACUCCGAGAAGGGGGGUUGUGGUGGAUGAUGGAAUUAUUCGACCCAGGGAAUCGGAAUCAUGGAUGACAACUCCGGUCAGGUCAACUGGAAAUGGAAUUGGAAUCGAGGGUCAGAGAGAUUCAUGGACAACAAUCCAUCAUGGGAACGGGAAUGGGAAUGGCUUUGUGCAAAAUGAUGGGAUUUGGAAUCCGGUAGUACACACGAAUUCAUAUUCCCGAGGGAAUGGGAAUGUGAAUGGGAAUGGGAAUGGGAAUGCUAGUGGAAGUAGCUCUUGGACUCCCGUGACACCUGGAAAACCGAAUCUCCAAACGUCAAAUGUGAUUACGGCUAACAAGCCCCGAAAUCAAAUGGGAAAUGAAGAUUGGGGGGAUUUGGUUGGGAUGUACCAAGGUUUGUUACAAAAAGAGCCUCUAAAUUUGAACGAAGUAGCUCAAGACCAUCAUCAAAAUAAUGGAGGUCAAACUCGGGUUUCUGGUACACCGAAUAAGAACUUCAACCCGAUCUUAAACUCCGCUCACGUUCCAAACACAAUGCAUAACCUUCCUAGUACACCAAAUAAGAACGUCAACCCGAUCUUAAACUCCGCUCACGUUCCAAACACAAUGCAUAACCUUCCUACUACACCAAAUAAGAACGUCAACCCGAUCUUAAACUCCGCUCACGUUCCAAACACAAUGCAUAACCUUCCUAGUACACCAAAUAAGAACGUCAACCCGAUCUUAAACUCCGCUCACGUUCCAAACACAAUGCAUAACCUUCCUACUACACCAAGUAAGAACUUCAACCCGAUCUUAAACUCCGCUCAUGUUCCAAACACAAUGCAUAACCUUUCUAGUACGCCAAAUAAGAACUUCAGCCCGAUCUUAAACUCAACUCCUGUUCCAAACACAAUGCAUAACCUUCCUAGUACACCAAAUAAGAACUUCAACCCGAUCUUAAAAUCGGUUCCUGUUCCAAACACAAUCCAUAACCUGAACCCUAACCAUGGUUCUAACCAAGCUUCACCACCGGUCUCGUACUUCCCCUUGGAAGACCCUGCAAAUUGGGACUGUGGUCUUUUGGCAGCUAUAGUGAGGCCCAAAGCAAGCCCGAUAAGUGACCCGUUCAAAACUCGACCACAAAGCAAUAGUGUUCAUGAUUUAAAUAAAACACCAGCUCAAAAUUCAUUUAUUCAAGGUGGUUCUAUGCUUGGAAAUCAACCGUCUCCGACAUUCGGUCAGAAAGAUGGAUUUCCGGUCCCAUGCCGCCCCUGCUAUGACUUAAACUCGCCACCAAGAUCCGAACUCGAUGCAGUCUCGUCUAGGAUCACGGGCUCAUUGCCAUUUGCUCCAAUUACUCCCGAUACUCAACGAAAAGAUAGAGAUGAAAGUCAAAGAAUUGAAGAUGGUGAUAACCAUUGUAUCGGGGAUUCGACGUCUUCAGCGGUUUCAACAACACAAAAAGAGCAUUUGGUUUGUGAGGAGGGUGAUGAAUUAGGGAUCGACUUAAACAAGACACCGAAUCAAAAGACACCUGCAAGACGGAAAAAACAUCGCCCGAAAGUGAUUCGAGAAGGGAAACCUAAAAGGACACAAACACCAAAAGAUCCUAAUCGCGUAAAAAGAAAGUAUGUGAGAAAAGUUCCGCUAGAAAAUGGUGUUGAAAAAAGCCCUAAUGGUAAACGAAAGUACGUGAGGAAGAAGGUUGUUGAUCAGUCGGAUAGUCAACCGAAAACCGAAGAGGUAAAAUCUUCAAAACCGGUUGUUGAAACUCCCACUAAAUCAUGUAGACGACAAUUGAACUUUGACUCGGAGCAUGUGGCGAUAGACGAUAGUCAAAAUAAAGAAACGCAGGGUAUUAAUUUAAAGAAUAAUCUCCAAGAUAUAGAACAAGAAAGAAGAAUAAACAGCAUACUCGAGAGAUCAGCUAUGAAUGCUGCACAGAAUAAUAUGCAUGCAGGACUAAUGGCCCGUCAAGACAGCAUGAAAACCGUUAUACAAUCUGAGCUAAACGGGCCGUCAACACCAAUGCCGAAAGUACGGGACCAUGCUGUGAAUGUGCUUGCCAGAAAUUUGACCAUGAGAAACAGAUAUAAUCAAGUGGGUCCCGUGUGUAUAGAUCUUGAAGGGGGAGAACCAAACGGUCAAACGGUUGAUGAGAGAAGAGGGGUUAAAAGGCCGUCUUUGGAGCAGAUAAAUCCCCGUAAUUUAAAUGCUAUGGAUUCGCUAUAUAUGUACCAGAAACUGUUGUUAGGUGGUGAUAGUCGUGUAGACCGUAGCGAUGAUUUGACUAGAGUCAGUGAAAGCCACAAGAAAACCAAGAUGCAGAAUGACCUUUCUAUCCCUCGUCCUGAACAUAACUCGACAGGAGAUUUACGGCGACCCGUUUACGGAAACGUGUCGGCUAUGCAGUUAGUAAAUUCUUGCGUUAAAAAAGUCACUAACCCAUCUUAUCAGGUCAACGAGCGGCAUUUCCAAUCACCAACGCCUGCUACUACACGUAACUUACAAACGCAUUCUGGUUCAUCUGGAAUGCGACCGAUCGUUGAUAUAUCACGAAGAUCAACUCAAGACCAUGUUAACUUGAUAACCGCAAUGGUGAGCUGGAAUCAGGCGCCCGCUACUCCACCGAAAGAUUACUCUAGAUCUCCGGUAGUAACCUCUCCUGCUACUUUGAUGGAAAAAAAGAGGACCACAAUUCAAUAUUCACCUAGUCAAAGGUCAAACGGCCCUCAUAAUACGCCUCCGCAACUAUGUAACGAUGCCUCCGGGGUUCACCAGAUAUCCUUCACAAAACCGAAAGGUGCAGGUCGGCCGAGGAAACAGAAAGGUGGGUCAUUAAUUGAGGAUAUUACGCGUAUGUUAGAGGGUUUAUGCAUCUAUGAAGAGAAGAGGAAUGCGCUUGUUCCGUAUAGGGGUGAUAAUAAUGCGAUCAUACCUUUUGAGCCAGUGAGAAAACGAAAGCCGAGGCCUAAGGUGGAUCUUGAUCCCGAGACAGAUAGACUUUGGAGACUGUUGAUGGGCAAUGAAGGGAGUGAGGCUGCAGAGGCAAUGGAUAAAGAUAAAGAAAAAUGGUGGGAAGAAGAACGACGAGUGUUUCGUGGGCGAGCUGACUCAUUUAUUGCCCGUAUGCAUCUUGUUCAAGGAGAUAGACGAUUUUCAAGAUGGAAAGGAUCUGUGGUCGACUCGGUGAUUGGUGUGUUCCUCACACAAAACGUUUCCGACCAUCUUUCAAGUUCGGCCUUCAUGUCUCUUGCAGCAAAGUUCAACCCCAAAACAAGAAGCACCAACGAAACACGCUGCGAAGAUGGCGCAUGUGUAUUGGUCGAAGAGCCGCUUGAAACAAUAUUACCAACUGAUAAAAUAAGCAAGCAGCCCGUAUUCAGUGAAAGACCGUUUGUAUCCGAUAUGAGACAUAAUAGGAAUAUCAUUUCAUCAACAAACUAUGCCCCAAAUAAACAAAACUACGCAUCAGAAGAAUUGAUUCUCUCACAAGAUUCCCUCGAUUCCUCCACAAUUCAAGCCAUUGAUGAAAGUAGAUCGAGUGCAGGGUCGAACUCAGAAGCCGAAGAUCAAACGUUCGGGUUUGAAACUAGUAAGGUGCCCGAGAAGGUUACCAUGUUCAAAGAGCUUUUCAGUCACGACAACUGGACCACACCACUAAAUAACCGGUCACAAUACACGCAUCAGUUACCAAAAACACCCCGAGAUUUCGGGUUGUUAGGAGGCGAAAACAUUUCUUUGCCGUCAACCAAGUCGGGAAUAACUUACCAACAAAAGGUUCCAUCACAAGGGCCAGCCAAACCAGCUAUCGGUGCACAGAAACAUGACUUGUGUGGUGAGGAUGCGGGCCCGGAAGCAAGCUCAAAGGAGCCCAAUUACGGAUCUCACGACCCGUUAAACAGGCAAACUAAUAACAUUCCCAAGGGUAGAAAAGGAAUAUCGGAAGAUGAAAAAAAGAAAGCGUUUGACUGGGAUAGUUUAAGAAGGGACGUGUUAUUAAACGGUGAGAAAAAAGAAAGAAGCAAAGAUGCAACGGAUUCGCUUGACUAUGAAGCAUUAAGACGAGCACAUGUUAAUGAGAUUUCGGAUGCUAUUAGAGAACGUGGAAUGAAUAAUUUACUGGCUGAUAGAAUAAAGGAUUUUCUUGACCGACUAGUAAGAGACCAUGGGAGUAUUGACCUCGAAUGGUUACGGGAUGCACCUCCAGAUAAAGCAAAGGAUUAUUUACUAAGUAUUAGAGGAUUGGGGCUUAAAAGCGUGGAGUGUGUGCGCCUAUUAACGCUUCAUCAUCUUGCUUUCCCGGUUGACACAAAUGUCGGGAGGAUAGCAGUGAGACUAGGGUGGGUCCCGCUUCAACCACUACCCGAAUCACUCCAACUGCAUCUCUUGGAGAUGUACCCUGUGUUAGAGUCGAUUCAGAAGUAUCUCUGGCCUAGGCUGUGCAAGCUCGAUCAGUUGACAUUAUACGAGCUACACUACCAAAUGAUCACAUUUGGAAAGGUUUUCUGCACAAAGAGUAAACCGAACUGUAAUGCAUGCCCUAUGAGAGCAGAGUGCCGACACUUCGCCAGUGCUUUUGCAAGUGCAAGGCUUGCUCUCCCGGGUCCAGAAGAGAAGAGAAUGGUACCUUCGGAUGCACGAAAUCCAACAAAUGCAACGUAUACAACCCCGCCACCUGUGAUCAGUGAGCACAUGCAAUUACCGCCAGUCGAAAACAAUGGCAACAAAAAUACGCAACUUUCAUGUGAACCGAUAAUUGAGGAACCAACAACUCCAGAACCAGAGACGGCAGAAUUGUCAUUAAGUGACAUCGAAGAUCAAUAUUAUGAUGACGCUGAUGAAAUCCCAACUAUCAAACUUGACAUGAAUGAAUUCACCGCUAACUUGCAAAAAAUGCAUGAUAGCAUGGAAAUUCAAGGCGAUAUGUCGAAAGCGUUAGUCGCGUUAAAUCCACAAGCUGCUUCCAUACCUACACCAAAGUUGAAAAAUGUCAGUCGAUUACGGACUGAACAUCUAGUAUAUGAGCUACCGGACUCACAUCCACUUUUAGAAGGGUUGUAUAAAAGAGAAACCGAUGACCCAAGCCCUUAUCUCCUUGCUAUAUGGACGCCAGGUGAAACUGCACAUUCCAUGCAACCUCCUGAAAGAGGAUGUCAAGCGCAAGAAUCGGGAAUGUUGUGUGAUAGGACAACGUGUUUCUCGUGCAACUGUAUAAAAGAGGCAAACUCACAAGUGGUUAGAGGAACUAUUCUGAUGCCAUGUAGGACCGCAACACGAGGGAGCUUUCCGCUCAACGGUACUUACUUCCAAGUUAACGAGAUGUUUGCGGAUCAUGCGUCGAGUUUGAAUCCGAUUGAUGUUCCAAGGGCAUGGAUUUGGAACCUUCCGAGAAGAACGGUGUACUUCGGGACUUCUGUAUCAACGAUCUUUAAAGGGCUGACUACGCAAGAAAUUCAACAAUGCUUUUGGAGAGGGUUUGUUUGUGUGAGGGGUUUUGAUCAGAAAACGCGGGCACCGAGACCUCUGCUGGCAAGAUUACAUUUUCCAGCAAGUAAGUUGGUGAAGAACAAAAACGAAGACAAGUAGACGAGGCGUGAAAACCACAAGUUCAGGGGUAAAAAGGUCAACCGGUUAACAAAGUGUUGUAUAUUCGUCUAUCCAUCUUUUAACAUGACCCCAUUGCAUGCAGUAAUUGCAUGUAACCAACCUUAGACAGCAAAGAUAAGUUGAGUGAUAGUGGCCUCAUUCACAACCACCUGCCAUUAGUUGAUACACAAUUGUUGGUAUCGUUAUUUGGUUUUCGUAAACUAGCGAUUUUUUUUUUUAUCGGUUAGCUGAUUAAAGAAAAAAGAAGAGUUUAGUUGACAUUAGUUAUUCAUUGGUUUUGGUAUGUAUUUUGUUACAGCUUUGAAAUAAUAUCAUCUAUGAGAAGCCAUUGCUUCAAACUUUAGGUACCAUACAAGAAAUUGACUGCAAAUUUUCAGAUCA